GACUGGCAGAAUGAGUGUUUACAAAUGAAGGCUGUGAAGGAACACAGAAACCUUAUUUGUAGUCUACCCAGCAGCGGCGGGAAGACCCUUGUGGCAGAGGUGCUCAUCAUGAGAGAGCUGCUGUGUUAUGAAAAAGACACACUGCUGAUUUUACCUUUUGUUUCCAGUGUUCAAGAAAAGGUUAGACUAGUUAUUAGUGUUUUUUUUAAACCAACCAUAAUAUAAAAUAAAAUAGGUAAAAAGCUAAUUUUAAAAAAAAAAUUCAUAGCAGUUUUUUAAAAAUAAUUUUGAUCAGAGGAUAUUUAUUUAUUUAGGCAUUUUUAUUUUUAUAUAGCGCUUAUCAUAAAGCUCUAAGCGCUUUACAAUUAUUAAAACAUGUAAACUAAGUAAAUACAAAUGAGACACUAGGAUAGUAACUACUAUUCUAUAGAAACAAUGAAAAUGGCUAUAAAACGAGGACACUUUGACACUUCAGGAUCAACCCGAAACAGAAAAUGAGGUAGGGCAAGGAGGGUGCAUCACAGGUCAUAGGCGGACCUAAACAGAUGAGUUUUAAGGGACUUUUUGAAAAUGGACGAGGUUUCACUAUGACGUAUAUGGAAGGGGAGCUGGUUCCAGAACGUGGGCCCAUGGAAGCAGAAGGAGCGUUCACCGAUGGUCUUAGUUUUAGUUCUUGGGAUUGAGAGGGUUCUACUGUCAAUGGAAGAACGUAGUUGUCUUGUGGGGAUGUAAGGAAGCAACAGUUCAGAGAGAUAGACAGGAAAGUGAGGGUCAGUUGGAUAUUUUUGAAAGUCCCUUGUAAUCAGACUUAAUAAACAAUGUCAUUUAUCCAGGCAAUAAAGAGAAAAAAUCAGUCAAAAAUGACUUAUUAUUUCUUAUUCAUAGUAAAAAUAAAUUUACUUACUAAUCAACACAUUAGGUUCGAAACAUCUCAGAAUUUGCUGUGGAGUUAGGUUUUAUUGUGGAAGAAUAUGCUGGCAGCAAAGGUAGAUUUCCACCAACCAAAAGACAGAGGACGCAGUCAUUGUACAUAGCAACCAUAGAGAAAGCUCAUGCACUGGUGAACAGUUUUAUAGAG